GCAAGUGAAUUUGGAUUCCUUCUCAUUUCUUUUCCACAUGACUGGCUGAGUGAGAAUGCGUGGGGCCAAUACGGCGCCCCUCCCUCACUUAUUGCCCUCCAUAUCGCAAUGCUAAACGACUCUCAAUUACAACUUCAACUUGGCCACGAAAUCAAAGCGACAACUUCCAAGGUCCUCCUCUUCCCAGCCAACGGCGACCAGCCCUGUGUCGUCGAUAUGAUCUUCAGCGCAGCAGGGGCGAAAUCCCAUCCGCGCGGUUUCUACAACACUGCAGUCGACCUGAGAGGGUUGUAUGGAAAAUAUACAGCUGGAUAUACGCGACUACUCAACUUGAGUAUCCAAGACCAUGGCGAGCAAAUCGACGGACAGUACCACUUAUACUACAACGUCAGUCCCCGUCUCCCUGUCAACUACUCGAUGGCCAGAAUCAUUGGUGUGGACCCCAAACGACCCAGCUCACGGCCAAUGUGGAAAGGCGACGUUGUUAUCGUAAAGAUGCAACAGCAGGACAAAGAGCCCCAGUCAAUGAGUUACCUCGAUAUCUCUAUUGCCGUUCAGGAAACUGCGGAGAAAAUAAUCCGGGGUUGGUAUAACUCAGAUAUGUGGGCACCGAAUGCAAGAAUUCAUCACGAAUCCCUCGAUUGUGAGUCUUUCUCUGACCGUUGUGUUUCACAUGAUUUGGUUGACGUGUUCGUAGUCCAUCUCGCAAAUGAGGACCCUACAGAUCCCUGUUUAAAGCUGUUGAAGGAUUCGGGAGGUUACGAAUUAGUGACGGAGGAGAAAAAACGACGAAAACAGGAAAAGAUUCUCGAGAGAAUUGUGGCGGAUGAAAAAAAGCGCCUUGUGCGGUACGACAAAUUUGGAUCGAACGUAUGCGCUGAUUGCGGGGCUUCCAAUCUCCCCGCUAGAUCCCAGUGCAGCAAAUGCAAGAGGGUAUUCUAUUGCUCUGUGGAAUGUCAAAGACGUGAUUGGAGGGAACACAAGGAGCACUGUACAUGAAGAGGAAACAGAUCCCAUGAAUAAGUUUUCAAGCGACGUGAAAGUCAUGGUCGUAGUAGCGCUAAUCAA